CUGAAGAUGUCCGCUGGUUCACGCCUACAAACACGGAAGUGAAUGUGGGAUUUAUUUCUUGCCUCGCGUGAUAAUCUCAGUAACCACGGUAACGCCAGCUUUAUGUAAAAUGGCUCCAAGGGCGUCAAACGGCCCUCGGAGUGCUUAGAGUUUAGCUGAUCAAUGUUAAAACAUUUGAUAAUGCCUUUUUAUUAGCAUGUUCGCAGACGAAGCCCUGGACACGGUGAGUGUCCAGUCACUGUGGAGGAAGUCUCACGAGGCGGCGCAGGAGUCGAAAGGAUGUCAGACUCAGAUGUUUCGCAGUGCUGAGUCAGAGGUCCAGGUCAUUUCCACUACCAUCAGCUCUACUCAGACAGAGCUACAGGAGCAGGCCACAGAGCAGCUCAUCCAGCAAAACCAAGAUGAACCAGAGCCGCCUGGCUUGAAGGACUUCCUACAGCAGGUUGAAGACAUGGUCGUCAGAGAGUUAAUGAAAAAUGUCAAGAGCCAUGCCUUUGACGGGUUUCAGGCAAGCUGGGAAGACCACAGUCAGCGGGUCUUACUCAUCCAUUCCCUUCAACAUCCCGGCGCUAAAGAGAAAGGCCUGCAUGUCACUAGUGUUUCCUGGAGUUGUACUGGCUCAGUCAUUGCCUGUGCCUAUGGUCGGAUUGACAAUGGAGACUGGAGCAAUGAGAAGUCAUGUGUUUGCACCUGGAACCUGGACCGUCGAGGCCUGCAUCACAGUCAGGCGGACCUGGUCAUAGAUGUUCCUACUGCAGUCACAGCUUUGUGCUGUCAUCCCAACCAGCCUUCCCUCAUCGCAGGGGGUCUGUACAGUGGAGAAGUGGUGAUUUGGGACACCAGUCAGACUCAAGACUCUGUAGUGGCUCAAACUGGGUUGUCUGCAGACAGCCACAGAGACCCUGUUUACCAGGUUUCCUGGGUGCCUCUGCAGAAGAAGGGAGAGUUCGGGGUGCUCAGUGCCUGCUCGGGAGGAAGAGUGCUGCUGUGGACGGUUGGUUUUGAGCAAGGCAGUUUUGUCCAGAAAGCCGCCUAUGCCGUGCUACAACAGCAGGUUCCCCACAGCAGCAGCCGUUUCAAGGCUCGCAGCAACAGCACCGUAGGUAUCACGUCAAUGGCUCUGUCCCCAUGGGAUUCUGACACCUUCCUCGUGGGGUCUGAGGGAGGCCUGCUGCUCAGAUGCUCCUUCUCUUCUCAAACACUAGCUGCAACAGCCUUUGAGGGCCAGAAUGCAACACUAAGAGCCCCGGCAGUCUUCUCAUUUAGGCCCCGCAGCGGCCCUGUCCAUUCCAUACACUGCUCCCCCUUCCACAGGAAUCUGUUUGUGAGUGGAUCAACUGAUGGUCUGGUCCACCUUCACUCGCUGCUGCAGGCCAGUCCACUGCUCUCUCUCAGAGUUUCAGACUCUUACAUUUUUCAGGUGCAGUGGUCACCAACCAGGCCGCUGGUUUUUGCUGCAGCCACUGGAAAAGGUGAGGUGCAGAUGUUCGACCUGAGCCACAGGUCACUGAGAGCAGCAGCUACAAUUGAGCAGGGAGAUGCGGACCAAGCUGCAACUUGUUUGGCCUUCAACUGUCAGAAACCUCACCUCUUGGCGGUUGGAAAAACCGAUGGGACAGUCAACAUUUGGCAGCUGAGUGCCGAUUUGAUGGAGCAGAGCCCCAGAGAGAUCAGCCAGUUGGAGAAAAUAGCCAAUCAAGUGGCAGAGUGACACAGAUUAGCUUAGGACAGAGACUGCACCAGCCUGACUCACUGACAACAACUGUGGUUCCAAGUCUGAAACAGAAAUAAAUGCAGAACAGCAGAUUCCAGUUUUAACCAGUAGCGUUUAUUAAAGCACACUGCAAAUGUUAA